ACGGGCGCGACCAUGGCGCGGUAAGGGAGCGGGGGUGGGGAUCGGUCCUGGGGAGUCCUGGGGCCGCUGGCUUGUGCGCCUUCUCGGCCGCCCCCCCUUUCGCCGCCGCCGCCGCCGCCGCCCCGGGCAUGUCGUCCAACUGCACCAGCACCACGGCGGUGGCGGUGGCGCCGCUGAGCGCCAGCAAGACCAAGACCAAGAAGAAGCAUUUUGUGUGCCAGAAAGUGAAGCUAUUCCGGGCCAGCGAGCCGAUCCUCAGCGUCCUGAUGUGGGGGGUGAACCACACGAUCAAUGAGUUGAGCAAUGUCCCUGUCCCUGUCAUGCUAAUGCCAGAUGACUUCAAAGCAUACAGCAAGAUCAAGGUGGACAAUCAUCUCUUCAAUAAGGAAAACCUCCCCAGCCGCUUCAAGUUUAAGGAGUACUGCCCCAUGGUGUUUCGAAAUCUUCGGGAAAGAUUUGGGAUUGAUGAUCAGGAUUACCAGAAUUCAGUGACACGCAGCGCCCCUAUCAAUAGUGACAGCCAGGGCCGAUGUGGCACACGUUUCCUCACCACCUACGACCGGCGCUUUGUCAUCAAGACUGUGUCAAGUGAGGAUGUGGCUGAGAUGCACAACAUCUUAAAGAAGUACCACCAGUUCAUAGUGGAGUGUCACGGCAACACCCUUUUGCCACAGUUCCUGGGCAUGUACCGCCUGACUGUGGAUGGUGUGGAAACCUAUAUGGUGGUCACCAGGAACGUGUUCAGCCAUCGACUCACUGUACACCGCAAGUAUGACCUCAAGGGUUCUACUGUUGCCAGAGAAGCGAGUGACAAGGAGAAGGCCAAGGACUUGCCAACGUUUAAAGACAAUGACUUCCUCAAUGAAGGGCAGAAGCUGCAUGUGGGAGAGGAGAGUAAAAAGAACUUCCUGGAAAAACUGAAGCGGGAUGUAGAGUUUCUGGCCCAGCUGAAGAUCAUGGACUACAGUCUGCUGGUGGGCAUCCACGAUGUGGACCGGGCAGAGCAGGAGGAGAUGGAGGUGGAGGAGCGGGCAGAGGACGAGGAGUGUGAGAAUGAUGGGAUGGGCGGCAACCUGCUUUGCUCCUAUGGCACACCUCCGGACAGCCCUGGCAACCUCCUCAGCUUUCCUCGGUUCUUUGGGCCUGGGGAAUUCGAUCCCUCUGUUGAUGUUUAUGCCAUGAAAAGCCAUGAAAGUGCCCCCAAAAAGGAGGUCUAUUUCAUGGCCAUCAUUGAUAUCCUCACACCAUACGAUGCUAAGAAGAAAGCUGCCCAUGCUGCCAAAACAGUGAAACAUGGGGCGGGGGCCGAGAUCUCGACUGUGAACCCAGAGCAGUACUCCAAACGCUUCAACGAGUUCAUGUCCAACAUCCUGACGUAGUGACCUACCUUCAGCCACAGCCGGAGAAUGAGAUAUGCGGUCGGGGAUUGGAAGGGGGAGAGAGGGUGUAUUUGGGCUAGAUGGGAGGGGUGGGAGCAGAGUUGGGGAUUGGGGAGGACUUAAGCAGUGAGACUGCAGCCUGUGACACAAAGAUUCUCAGGAGGAGGGGAUGUGCUGUGUGUGCAUGUGAUCACAGGAUGCAGCCUCACCUCCUUCUCACCUUUGAUUUUUACCCCCAGUUGACCCAGGGUAAAAAGGUUUCCUUUUUGUUAACUUGUAGCCUUUUAAAAUACCUUGGGGCUAGAGGUGACUGGGUAUAUUUGGGUUUUUCUGAAAUUUCAUUGCUCCAGGUUUGCUAUUUAUAAUGAUGUAUGUCAUCACCUUAGCCACCUUCCUCAUCCCUGCCCUGAGUUCCCUUCAAUUACGGAGGCACCCCUAGGCCCAGCGAGGGUCCUCUCUGAGCCCAGUGCUCUGGCGCCAGAGGAGAGGAGGUCAGACACCCCAUCCCUGCUGGAUUAACUUUUUAAUUUUAUGAAGUAUUGUGCACACCUUCCUUCACCUUUCCUCCUCGGAGCCAAGUGGUCCCUCCAUCUAAAUGCUGUCCUGAAGGAACACUCCAGAUCAGUGGCAGUCAUCUUGGAUCAGAAUCAAAGAUCUCAGAGGGGAGCCAGUUCAUCUUCAUGGGAUGGUGGGCGCGGGUUGCUGUGGGCUCUCGGACAGCUGGUUCUCAGAGAACCCGUGAUUAUCACUCAAGCCCCUGGGCUCUCCCGGCGCCUGGAGUUCAGAUGUCUUCUCUCUAAAGCCUGCUUCCUGUUUGGUCAAGAGGAACUAGAAAGGACCCAUCCUUGUGCUUAAAUUUUUUUGCCCCAUUGAAAAAACCCAGAAGCUGAUGAGUAUCAAAUGAGGGCUUGUGCCCUCCAUCCAUUCACAUCCUUCUGCCCUUUUCCCAGGCACCCUCACUGUAGGUGAGCUUUUCGCUGGGGGCAGGUCUCUAGGCUCCUGGGGUGCUCCUUGCAGAGAUUCCUCUUUGAGCCCCAGGACUACAUGUAGAUAAUCUGACUCCUUGUGCCUCCAGUUUGUCACCUGAACUGUUAAUGGCCAGCAGGGAGUGAUGCCUCCCACCCAGAAUGUGGAUCCAGCCUUGGAACUGUUUUUCCUUGAUGCCCCCAUCUAGACUUUUAACAGAUUUGCCACCUACAGGUUCCCUCAGGAGUGGCAUCCUGUGGCUUCCUUCAGGAUCUCCACCCACCUUCUGAGCCUUGCUCUCCAGGCCUCAGAACUGAGCUGUGUGUCAUUCUGUGAUGACAUCAGAGCAGUCUGGUCUGGCUGGGAGAGAAAACAGCCCUGUGCAGGGGGAGGUACAGUCCUGUAUCUUAACCCCUCACCAGGAAAUGGGGAUUUAGGGUGAGAUAUGGUAAAACGUGUAGAUAACCCCACAGAUGCCAAGAAAGUUUGUAGAAGCAUUUUGAGUGAAUGGACGGGUUUCCUGCGGCUGCCUCCAAACCUGGCCGUGCUCAGCUUCUGGAGCAGGAACCAGCAUGGUCUCUGCCCAACUCGCAGCAUUUAGGUUGGGAAGGGAUGGAGACAGCAUUCUUGGACUCCUUUGGGGCUGCUGGGACCCUCUGGAAGAGGCAGAUGGAUCAAACAAGUGCCCCGGCCCCAAGAAGGGGCCCUAGGUAACUGAACAUCAGCAGUAAGACCACGAGAUGACUUGAAGGAUUUGAAAGCAAGUGACUCGUGAAGGAAAAAAAAAACUGACUUAGGAAGGGAUUAUAUAGGAAUAAUGUUUGGACUUGAUUUCCCCACCUUCUAAUCAAGAAUACAAAUUUGGAUCUGCUCAUAGUCAGGCCCAGCACCUCCAAAGGUUGGUAGCUGUCCUCAGGCAGCCUCCAUAGCCUCGGACUCCCAGCGGCUCCCUGCGUUCGGUCUGCUGAUCGUGUUGCCAUAGUGUGUAUGAAAUGUGUAACAAUCCUAUCAGUUAAAGAUGAGCUACCAGGUAUCUGACUUGUUUAACAUUGAGUUUUUGUGAUCUUGUGGGUUUUUUUUUUGUAUAUUGUUUACAUUUUGAGAGGUAGCAUCCUGUUUCAAAUGCUCUUUUGUAUUUCUGACAGUGUUGUUGAUUGGGUCAGAACAUACGAACUGUGGUUUGGUGAAUUUUAGAUUUUUUUUAAAAAGGUCAUUCUCUGUGCUAUUUUCAAGACCUUGGGUUUGGCCCUCUAAUUCUUUUGGCAUUCAAAUGUUUAAAAGCUAUUUAUCUCGGUUUAUACAAGUUUUCUUUCUCUUCUUUCUUUUUAUAAAGGUGAAGAUAUUAUAUUUGGUUUGCAGUCUGAAUGUAGAGAAAGUGAACUGAUCCCCAAGUUUUUGUCUGCCCCCACUUUUUUUCCAAAUCCCACCAUUCCCUUUCUGAGUAGAAGGUGUCUGAGGGGUAGUAACUACCCUCAACUUCACUCUUUGGAGCCAUGAAACUCAACUGCCUUAUGGCAUCCUAGAAUAAUUUGGGGCCUCCCAGGAACAAAAGUAUAAGAAUAGGACAUGGCCGACUGGAUGAGGUCUGGAGAGGGGUAAGGGCAGGAUUCAUCUCCCAGUCCUUCCAUCUACCACCUAACCAGUCACUGCUUCUCCCAUCCUGCAGCUGUUCAGCUAGUCUACAGCUGAGAGACUGUAGUCUCCCAGGGUUCCCAGCCAAAGCAAGGGGUUGUCUGAAAACUCCACCGAGACUACUCAAUGAAGGCCUCUGGCCCUAGUUCCUGUUCAUGAACCACUGAGUCUUAUCCUCCCAGUGGGAGCUCCUUCCCUGUGCCCCACAGCAGGAGUAGGGGGCAGGGUUGGGAAGCCAGCAGUUCCUGGAGCACAGACUGAAGUGCUCCAUCUCUCCUUAUCUUGCUCAGGAGCUACUGGUCUGUGGCAGGUGCCACAAGUCGCCCUGUGGCUAUUCUCAGUGGCACCCCCUAAAUUCCUACUGCAGGCAGCUCUUCCUACUUCACUUGUUUCUCUUGCCUGUGCUUUAGGCCUCAAGCAGGUCCCCGGGUGGUACUCAGGGCUUGGGACUAGCCUCCUGCCCUAGUGACUUUCCCUUCUUCACAGCCUCCCCAGGGCUGGGGAGGUGGACCAAAGACCCAGGACUUCUCAGUAGCCAAUCCCACCCCCAAUUUGUCUUUUUACCAGUUCAAGUUGGGAGAAAAAACUUCAGCACUCCUCACCAUUUGAGCUACUCAAGUGUUAGGGGCUGGAAGUGUUUAAACAACCCUUAGAACUCUGGCCUUAGACCUGUGGCUCCGAGUCUAGAGACCUCAUCUCUUUCUGGCAGAAAUAUGUGGUGGAGGGAGUCCACUCUGAGCCCAGGAAUCAAAGGGAAAACACAUUCAACUUUCUGCCCCUAAAUGUACCAGCCACCUGCAGGGGGCAGUGACAUGGCCCUAGCCUUCCUCUGAGAUGUGCCACAUAUGAAGAGUGCCUCCAAAGGAAGAGACUCAGAGACAGCCUUUCCAGCGGGUUGUGCCGAGACCUUCGGAGGCUGGAGAGGAAUCUUUCAGAGGAGCCCCUUCCUCUUGCUCAGGAGGAAGUGGGAACCAACAACGUUUGGGGGAAGGCCUGGUGCUGCAUCAGGUCAGAUCGUUGUAAUAAAAAAAAAAUGUGAAUUAAGUAUAGAUCCAACCUUAGCGGGGAGCAGGAUAAACUAUCACCCCAUCAUUUGUGUGUGACUUCAUUUCCUACUGCAAUUUCCAUUUUUCAAAUAGGAAUUUUCAGCCCCCUGUGCUUGUCUAAUGUCUGCUCGGAACAGUUCAAGAUCCUGUUACUGUUUUAAAAUGCAUGCGUGUUAACAUGAAUCUUCAACCCGAGGAAAAUAAAACUCAAAAAGC